GAGACCUCAGAGGCGGAUCCAGAAGUCGAUGGGAUGGAGGAGCUAUUUUCGACGGAAGCGCUGUGGGCUACCGCCAAAGAGGGGAAGUAUGAGAUCGAGAAGGCCGACAUCAUGGAGCUGACGAGCGAUCUACCUGAGGAGACGAACUGCGGCAGAGCUACGGCGGAGAUUGUGGAGUCUCUGCAACCCGAGAAUCUGAUGCAGGUUGGCUUCGCGGCGGAAGCGUGGAAGAUGCUGAGCGAAACUCUGCCGUGGGGGGAUCCAAGACACGAGAAUGACGUGGUCGUGCUGAGCUCAUACGAGGACGGCACCGCGAAGGCGGUCAUCGAGAGAGACGACAGCAUCUUGACGCCGGCCGAGAAGAUCGAACAUCGUGAAGCCCUUCGAGCAGCUCUUCUGAAGCAGCUACGUCAGUGGGCUGGCUUCAUGGCCAUGUCGAGGACCAGCUGGAGAGGUGCCAAGAACCUCGUCGACGCGAAGUGGGUAGAUGAGUGGAAGUGGACGCAAGCAUCGGAUGGCACUGCGACGAGAAUCAUACGCAGCAGGUUGACGGUAAGAGGCUUCAAGGAUCGGCACAAGGACGAGGUGAAGAUGUUCACCGGCACUAGCGCGCGAUGGGGCCAGAGGAUGGUGAACAUUCUGGCGGCUCAGCACCAGUGGAAGUUGUGCAGUGGGGAUAACUCUUCGGCGAUCUUGCAAGGAAUGACAUUUGAGGAAGUGGUGAAGCUGUUGAAUGAACCUAUUCGGGACAUAUGUUUUGAGUCCCCGAAAGGAUCCGGCGAGCUGUUGUGUGAGGCCGAAGGCUUCGAGGGUAUCAACAGCAUCUUGGAGGUUCUCCACAUGGAGAAGGGCGGCUUUGGACUGAACGAUGCUCCACGGCUCUUCGGUCUUAGCCGCGAUCAGGUGUUGUUAUCCAUUGGACUGCGGGCCACGCACGCGGAUCCGCAGCUCUGGCUGAAGCAUGAGAGCAGAGUAUUGGUGAUGGUGGCAUCGACGCACCUGCACGACUUGAAGUACGCCGGCCGUGACAAGGCCACGUCCGAGCUGGUGCGGGCGCUGGAAGCAGUGUUCGGGAAGAUGACCAUGCAGGAGAAGAAGUUCAAACACUGCGGUCUGCGCCACCGACAGCUGGAGGACAUGAGCAUCGAGGUGAACCAGACGGAAUACAUCAAGAACCAGAACUGCAUCGACGAGAAGGAGCUGCAGGGCAUGGCAGAUGACGCG